ACCAUGCGAGGGAUACAGCUGGAUGGGAUAGAGAUAAGAAAAUAGAAACUGCGCACAAAUAGUUUCUUAAUGAGUUUCAGUUUGUGUUUGGUUUUUUCUAUAUUUAGUUCGUAAUUCUAACAGUCAGUUUAAGAAAAUCGUAAGAGAUGGGUGUGAGAGGUUUAACGAGUUUUAUUGAGGCUCAUCCGGAACUCACUAAGCCCUAUAGACUCCAUGAUUGUACGGUGGUUAUUGAUGGAAAUAAUCUAAUUCAUUUUUUGUAUUCAUUUUAUAAGAUUAAUUGUGCUUACGGAGGUGAUUACAACACAUUUGCCACCAAAUCAAAGUCUUAUUUUUCAACAUUUAAAGAGUGCAACGUGAAGCCAGUUGUCGUCAUUGAUGGUGGUCUCGAUAAAUCCGAUCUAACAUUUCCAAAUCAGAUGGAAAGAUGGAAGGAUAGAAUCAUUCGAGUGGAACAAGCAUCUGCUACAGGAAAAAGUACUCAUCCCUUUCUUCCAACAAAUGCAAUCGAAGAUUUCAAGAACAUUCUUUCAAAUCUUGACAUCCCAUUUACACAGUGUGAGUACGACAGUGACGCUCAAAUAGCAGCUCUGGCGAACCAUUUCAACUGCCCCGUUCUUAGCGACGAUGGUGAUUUUUUCAUAUUCGAUGUCAUAAGUGGUUACAUAAAACUCUCUAGUUUCAGUAAUUUUCUGGUGCAGACAUUAGAAGACAAGAUUACAAAAUAUUUUACGUGCAAAAUUUAUCAUUUAAGUACAUUUCUGUCGCAUUAUCCGUUAGUGGACAAAAGCACUUUACCACUUCUGGCUUGUAUUGCUGGCAAUGAUUAUUUUAAAUUCAACAAAAUAAAAGCAAUAGCUCAACAUGUUUAUCCUGUACAAGGACAGAAAAUACCACAAAUUCUGAAAUGGCUCAGCAAUCGUAACUACAAUGAAGCUGUCGAACAGUUGUUGCAUUAUAUCCACACAGAAAGCCGAGAGAAGUUCAGAAUAUUGUUAGAGCAUUCCGCGAAUUCUUAUCGGGUAGAAAAUUUUGAUUUAUCAUAUUUAUUUGAGAAAAACAGCCCUUCGUGUGCUACCAAAUCAAUUUUACAUUCAAAGCUUGUCACUCCAUGUGGUACGCCAUUUCCCAAUGAAUAUAUAUUGAAUCAUAUCAGGGGAAAUAUACCAUCUUAUUUUUUAAACGUGAUGAAUUUGCACCGAAUUUUCCAUUCUCCUCAAGUAGGAGAUCUCCACGAGCACGGUAGCUCCAAGUGCAGUCGUUUUGUUCGUCGAGUUCUUUAUGGAGUUCUUUUUCAACAUGAAACUUCCAACUUUGAAUAUCAUGAAUUAGUUUGCUUGCGUGACGUCUGUGAAUAUGACACGUACAAAGGAAUGGAAGUAUGUUUCAAAAUUAAACCUUUAUUUGUGCUUCCUAGUGGAAAAACCGUCCCUAAACUUUACGAAAUAAAACUUAUGAGCAAAACAGACAGACUGGAGAUUUUAGCCGAGGUGAUGGGCGUUAAGAAAGUCUACCUUAGAACAAUUCUCCCCAAUUGGCAACUUUUAUUCGGGGUCAUCAAGUAUUGGCUGCAACACUGCUCACCUAAGCCUACCAAAGAAUUUUUAGUAGCUUUAUUGUUAAGCCUUAUUUACUUCAAUGUACUAUUGAAACCGAAUUUGAAAAUUAACAAUGUGAAAGAGAACGCUUUUGAUGAUCUAAAAAGAAUUUAUUCUCUACUUGAUAAAAUCACGCCAAGCGAGUCUCUCUCUGCUGUUACAAAUUUGGAGAAAUAUGCAUGUCUACGCAUUUUAAAUGGGAGAUUUGAUGUCUCCGUCAUUCAAAAUUACAAUCAAUUGCAAAGUUGCUUAGCGUAUGCUAUAUCAUUGAAUAAACUGUUGGCAUCGCCGUUAAAAUCGCCAAAUAUCAGUGAAAUCUUUGAAGGCACCAUGUUACAUAAUCUGACCAAAAAACUUACAGCGGUUCGUGACUCAAAAAGUUUCAUUAAAUCUUUGUUGGGAGAUAGAACACCGUGUUAUAAAAUUUUUAUCCUUCUUUUAGAGAAAGUAUUACAAAACGUUUCAAACGAUUUUCCUUGGGAAAAGACAGUUAGAAAAGUAGAAAGUUCAAAGAUAAGAACUUCUAAAGUAGUGCUUACUCUUAAAAACGACAUAAGCGUUUCUAACAAAUUUGAAUGUUUAAAUAUUUCUGUGGACUGAUAAGAGCUGUACAAUUAAAACUUAAGAUUGCUCUGACUUUGGUGAAAGGAUGCUCUUAUUACCAGAAGACACAAUUAUCAUGUCUAUUAUGAUUGGGAGCCAUGAUAUUUAGAUAAAUGUUGUUUAAUAUAAGUAUUAUAGUACUUUUUUUGUAACAUAUUUCCAUAAUUUUUUAAUAUUUAAGUUGUUUUCUAACUGUGCUGAAUUAGAAUAUCUAUGUUUAAUUUAGAUUUUUUUCAAUUAUUAUUCGCUCAGGUAUGAUACUUGUUACCUUUGCUGGAAUUUUUUUUAUUAAAUUGUGUACACAGUGUGCAAAAAAAAAAUGGAACACAAUGAAUAACUUUUGCUCUAGUGAUCGGAUUUUCACAUACUAGGACUCAAUCUUACUGGCCUGACUUCAAGACUUUCAAGAGUCUCAAAUACACCUCAAAUAUACAAAAUAAUUAAUGCGGAUGAUAUUUUAAAUUACGAAAUCUGAGGCAAAAACGCACUUUCUUUGAACAAUUUUUUCCCCCGACAGAUUCUAGACUCUGAAAAUAUAGAGGGUUGCCGUAAUCUAGAAAUUAUGAUUCCAGUAGUUUGGAGCUCUUUAAUGUUAAUUUUACUUUCUGCUUAUUUAGCUAUCGAGAAAUUUUAUGGCAAGUCGAAAACUUUUUGCGCAGAAUUUAAAAAUUCGUAUAUUCAACGAAUAAUUCCAUGCAAAAAAUAACUUUUAGUUAACAUUUAUUAUUUUAUUUAAUAACAGUCUAAAAAUUUUUGACUUGCAAGGUAUGCAAUCUUUUUACGUCAUUUUAAAGAAUGUAAUUUAUGUGACAAAAUACAAAACUUGAAAGAAAUGAUCGUAUAGUACUCGAGAAAUCAAGUUUUAACUAUACGACUUUUUUAAAAUUUGGUAAUUCAAAAGCUAUUCUUUUUCAAUUGCUCUCAAAUUUUGUUUUUCGCCAUUUAAGAUUACAUUCUUCAUAAUCAUGUAAAAUUUGUAUACCUAAGAUCCAUUCAAUUCUAUAUUUAUCAGGCUAUCAUUAAAUAGAAUAAUAAAAAAUAGUAAAUAUUUAUUGAAAAUUAUUACUUUUUUUUUUAGAAUUUUCUUUGGAUAGACCUAUUUUAUAAAUGGGGUUAACAUUUUUCGAUUUGCUAUAAAAGUUCUCGAGACAUGGCAAAAUAUACGAAAAGUAAAAUUAGCAUUAAGGGAUUCAAACUUUCGACUCAUCUUCUGACCAAACUAUUGACACCCUAUUUUCCAGAUUGCUGCUUUCCUCAUAUUUUGGGGGUCGGGAUCCGAGUCGGUUGAAAAUAAAGUUAUCUUUAGUCAGGGAAAGCACGAUUUUGUGUCGGAUUUCGUAUCUUAAAUUAAUGUCAGAUAUGAAAGUCAGACUUUCCAACCAAUAAACUUAAGUCUUAGCACGUGAAUGUCAGAAUAUUAGAUCAAAAGUUAUCUAGGAUGUUCCGUUUUUUUAAAAUUUUGUGCACUGUACCCUGUUAGAAUUAUCAUUCUAAAAUUACGUAAAGUAACCGAUUAAAAGUUGAAGGCAUUUCUAAUAAUUGUCUUCGAAUUCAUCUUU